AUGUACCUGUCCCCCUCUCUUCUGAUCAUCAUGUACCUGUCCCCCUCUCUUCUGGUCAUCCUGUACCUGUCCCCUUCUCUUCUGGUCAUCCUGUACCUGUCCCCCUCUCUUCUGAUCAUCAUGUACCUGUCCCCCUCUCUUCUGAUCAUCAUCAACCAGACAGUACCUGGCCAGUACACCAAGCGCUGCUGUAAAGGUUUCUGCAUCGACAUCCUGAAGAAGAUCGCCAAGCAGGUCAAGUUCACCUAUGACCUCUACCUGGUCACCAACGGAAAGCACGGCAAGAAGAUCAACGGCACCUGGAAUGGAAUGAUCGGGGAGGUGGAGCAGAAGAAGGCCCACAUGGCCGUGGGGUCGCUCACCAUCAACGCGGAGAGGUCUGAGGUCAUUGACUUCUCCGUGCCCUUCAUCGAGACGGGGAUCAGUGUCCUGGUCUCCCGUAGCAACGGCACUGUCUCCCCCUCCGCCUUCCUUGAGCCGUUCAGUGCGGACGUGUGGGUGAUGAUGUUUGUGAUGUUGCUGCUCGUGUCAGCGAUUGCUGUGUUUGUGUUUGAGUACUUCAGCCCGGUCGGCUACAACCGCUGCCUGGCAGACGGACGAGAGCCCGGUGGCCCCUCCUUCACCAUCGGCAAGGCCAUCUGGCUGCUGUGGGGCCUGGUUUUCAACAACUCUGUUCCCGUCCAGAACCCUAAAGGCACCACCAGUAAGAUCAUGGUGUCGGUGUGGGCCUUCUUCGCUGUCAUCUUCCUGGCCUCCUACACUGCCAACCUGGCUGCCUUCAUGAUCCAGGAGGAGUAUGUGGAUCAGGUGUCGGGCCUCAGCGACAAUAAGUUCCAAAAACCCAACGCCUUCUCCCCGCCAUUCCGUUUCGGAACGGUGCCCAACGGAAGCACGGAACGGAACAUCCGCAACAAUUACCCGGAGAUGCACCAGUAUAUGACCAGCUUCCAUCAGAAGAACGUGAACGAGGCCCUGGCAAGCCUCAAGGGAGGUAAAUUGGAUGCCUUCAUCUACGAUGCUGCUGUGUUGAACUACAUGGCCGGGAGGGACGAGGGCUGUAAACUGGUGACCAUCGGCAGCGGGAAGGUGUUCGCCACCACCGGUUAUGGCAUCGCCAUCCAGAAGGACUCUGGCUGGAAGAGAGCAGUGGACCUGGCCAUCCUCAUGCUGUUCGGCGAUGGAGAGAUGGAGGAGCUGGAGGCUCUGUGGCUGACGGGGAUCUGCCACAACGAGAAGAACGAGGUGAUGAGCAGCCAGCUGGACGUGGACAACAUGGCAGGUGUCUUCUACAUGCUGGGGGCGGCCAUGGCUCUGUCGCUCAUCACCUUCAUUGCCGAGCAUGCCUUCUACUGGCAACUGCGCUUCUGCUUCAUGGGCUACUGCACCGGCAAGCCAGGCUUUACCUUCUCCAUCAGCAGG